AUGUCAAUACCUACUCUUCGUAAACCAUUUGUUCGCCUUGAAGGCAAUGGUAAGGAAAGAGAAUUAACAUUUACAGCAAAUGAUCCAUUUCUUGCUGUCAAUGUCUCUAAUCGUCCUGAUGGUUCAUAUUCAACGGGUGAUAUUCUUAUCGAAGAUUCACCUGGAUCUGAAUAUUAUCUAGUACUUGGACGCAAAGAUGAUACACUUGUCCAUUCAAAUGGUGAAAAAACCAAUCCUAUACCAAUUGAAGAUAUAAUAAAUUCAAGUAUAUUAGUAAAAGAAUGUGUAGUCAUUGGUCAUCAGCGUAUUUGCAAUUGUCUAUUAAUCGAAUUAAAUUGGUCACAAGCGGGUGAUUAUGAUUUUCAAGAAAUCGAACAACAUAUAUGGUUAAAAUGUGAACAAGCCAAUCAAUUAGUACCAGGUCAUUCAAGAAUUGUAAAGGAAAUGAUGAAAAUUCUUCCUAUGAACAAACAUUUACCAGUAACGGACAAAGGAAAUGUUAUGCGAAAAAAAGCUUCAAUAGAAUUUCAAACAAUAAUUGACAAAAUGUAUGAACAAUUUUUGAAUAUUCAGGGUGUUAAUAAUCAUUCACAGUUGGUCAAACAAUGGACAUACGAAACAUUGGAAACAUAUUUGAAAUCUAAUAUACAAUAUUCCAAUGAAAUUGAUAGCUAUAAAUCUUUAUUUGAUAGUUAUGGUUUCGAUUCAUUAAGUGCUAUCCAACUCAGACAUAAAAUAUGUAAAGAUAUUGUACAAGUAGAACAAAAUUUUCUCUAUGAAUAUUCAUCUAUUGAUAAAAUGGUAAAAGAAUUGUUAGUGUUAUUGGGAGGAAGUAGUAAUAAACAAAGUAAAAGUGAUGAUCCAUAUCAUUGCAAAUGGAUGGAACAUAUAAUAGAAGAAUAUGAGAAAGUAAUUGAAAAAGAACCACCAUUGACUGGUGAAAAUAAAGAAGCGAUAAUCAAACGUGUCUUUCUUAUCACCGGUGCCAAUGGAUCUCUUGGCAGUUGGAUUGUACAUGAUUUAUUAAAACAAUCAACGGUUGAUAAAGUUUAUUGUUUACUACGUGGUUCAGAUGUCAGACGAUUUUAUCAAACAUUUGAACAACGUUAUGAUGAACAAAUUCUUCUUGAUAAUAAACAACGUUUUCAUGUUUUAACAUCAAUGGAUUUGUCACAAGAACAUUUGGGUCAAACACCUCAAAUAUUUGAAGAAUUACAACAAAAUGUCACGGAUAUUAUUCAUUCAGCAUGGAAAAUGAAUUUUAAUUUUAAUGUACAAGAUUUUGAAUACGAUUGUAUUCGUGGUGUUUAUAAUUUGUUAAAAUUGGCUAAAACAACAUCAUUCAAACGAUUUCAUUUUAUUUCAAGUGUAGCCUCAGCUGGAAAUUCAAAAGAAGAUGUAAGAGAAGAACCAUUACCAAGACAAUCAGAUUUACCAUUAAUAGGACAAGGAUAUGGACAAUCAAAAUACAUUGGUGAACAUAUGUGUUGGAUUGCAAUGAAACAAUGGGGUAUACUGGUCGAUAUCUAUCGUGUUGGACAAAUAUCCGGUGAUACUCAGUAUGGUAUUUGGAAUACAUCAGAAAUGAUUCCUUUGAUUAUUUGUGGUGGCGGAGGUCAAUUAGGUCAAAUGCCCGAUCGUGGUGAGUCCAUUUCAUGGAUUCCAGUCAAUACUGCGAGCAAUUGUGUCGUCGAUAUUGCAUUACAAUCCUAUUCUUAUGAUAACAAUGUUCAUCAUUUAUUAAAUCCUCAAACAAUUGAAUGGUCAUACUUCUUAAAUGAACUCAAUCAAAUUGGUUUAAAAUUUGACAUUGUUUCAAUGGAAAAAUGGUUGAAAAUAAUAUUACAAAAUACAUCAACAGAUAAUCCUUUAAUGAAAUUAUCAUCAUAUUUGGAAUCAUCGUCGAUCCAAAGAUUGGCUCACUAUGAAACGAUAAAAACAACUAGUCGAACAAAAUAUUUGAAACAAUGUCCACAAAUUGAUCAAAAAUUAAUACGAAAAUAUUUGAAUUAUUGGAAUAAAAUCGGAUUUUUAAAAUAUGGUUAUGAACCAUCAGAACAAUAA